AUGCAGGCUCCAGGAGCAGCAGGGGGCUCCCAUGCAGCGCCAGGGGGGUCUUUCCAACCGUCGACAGGCGCUGUCGCCGCACCCGCGGGCCCAGUAAUCGCGGGCCCGCCCGGAACCAUUCCCCCAGACGCGGGGUUUCCGGGCGCAGGCGGAGCACCCGGCGCAGGGGGGGGAGUAGCGGGGGGGGUGGCGGGCGCGUCUCCCGUGAUGCAGCCGAUGCCCGGGGGAAUGCAGCACAUGCAGCCGUAUAUGAUUCCGCCUAUGGGGCCGGAUAUGCAUGGCAUGUACUACCCCGGGAAUGGAUACAUCCCCCACUACUACUACGAUUACUCCAUGCCAGGCUACGCGGAUCCUCCGCGCAUGCCCUCCGAGCAGUGGGAGGAGUACAUGCGCAUGGCUGCGCGGAUGGAAGGGGGAGCGGGCAUGAUGGACGGCCAGCAGCCGCCGGUCCUCCUAUGUUUCAGCCGCCCCUACUCCGUCCGCCCUCGCCUGGCGGUAAGUCGUGGGUCAGGGACGGGCAAGCAUCCGUCCAUGAUGGGCGCUCACAUGUUCGGUGCCCCUCCCCCCGGGUACCCCUUUCCAGGAGGACCCAUGUUCCAGCUGCCCCUGCUCCGCCCUCCUUCGCCUGGAGACCCAGCCCAGCCUGGCGAUUCCGCCCAGCCAGGAGCAGCAUCCGCGCACAUCCGCCCGGGUCACAUGCCCCAAGUGAUCGGCGCCCCUCCCCACAUGCCCCACAUGCCCAUGCACGCCUACCCCCGCCCCUCCCCCAUGUCCUCCGCCUCCCCCCCCAUAAACCCGCUCCCCAUGGGCCGUGGGGGGUACAAUCUCCUCCCCCGCGGGGGGCAGCAGCCUAUGGGCGGGCGCGGGGGAGGCGGGCGCGGGGGGGACGGUGGCGGAGGAGGGGGAAGGGGAGGCGGGCGCGGAUGGGGAGGGAACCGGCGGGGGCAAGGCCCUGGGGGUGGGGGCCAGGCAGGCGGAGGGGGAAGCGGGGGAGGGGGGAGCGGAAGUGGGGCGGGCGCAAGUGCAGCUGCAGGCGGAGGAGGAGCAGGAGCGGGAGCAGGGGCAGGGGGAGCAGCGGGGGGAGGCGGGGGAACCACUGGGGGGGCGGGUUCCCCUGCUAACAGAGGAGCUGGUCUUCUAGGCAGCAUGGGGGGACAGGGACAGCACCAGCAGCAGAUAGGCCAACAGGGGCAGCAGGGGCAACAAAACGGGGUCUAUGACGGGUCUAGCGAGCAGAACAGAGGCCCUAGAACGGGCAGAAGUAGGGGGCAGGGUCUACCCUCCCCCUCCGCACCUGGCGCUCCCAGUGCGCCUAUGCCUAUAGGCGCAACUGCUGGUGCCAUAGGGGAACCUAUAGGCGCUGCCGCAGCAGCUGCAGCAGGGUUGGGAGCAGGGGCAGCUGGGGGAGCGGGGGGAGCGAUGGGGGCAGCAGCGGCAGCAGGGGGGGCACGGGGUGGAAUAACCUUGCGUCCAGACGAGUACAAUCGGGCAGACUUCAAGACGUCGUACGAGGCGGCGCGGUUCUUCGUGAUAAAGAGCUACAGCGAGGACGAUGUGCACAAGAGCAUCAAGUACGGCGUGUGGGCGUCCACCCCCACGGGCAACAAGCGCCUCGAUGCCGCCUUCAAGGACGCCGCCGGGAAGAGCAGCGCCACCCCCUGCCCCCUCUUCCUCUUCUUCUCCGUGAACGCGAGUGGGCAGUUCUGUGGGGUAGCGGAAAUGCUGACCCCAGUGGACUUCACUCGCAGUGUGGACUACUGGCAGCAGGACAAGUGGAACGGACACUUCCAGGUCAAGUGGCACGUGAUCAAGGACGUGCCAAACUCGCAGUUCCGGCACAUCAUCAUCGCGUCUAAUGAUGGCAAGCCCGUCACCAACAGCCGAGACACUCAGGAGUGGCAGCAGGACAAGUGGAACGGGCACUUGCAAGGAUGUUCCUUCCUCCCUCAUUUCCCUGUCGUUCCCCCCUCAUUUCCCUGUCGUUCCCCCCUCAUCUCCCUGUCGUUCCCCCCUCAUUUCCCUGUCGUUCUCCCCUCAUUUCCCUGUCGUUCCCCCCUCAUUUCCCUGUCGUUCUCCCCUCCUCCCUCCCCCCUUGCAGGUGCCACUGCAGCAGGGGCAGGAAAUGCUGCGGCUGUUGAGCGUACUCGUCACGUCCAUUCCAUCCUUUCCCAUUCCCUCGUCACCAAUAACCUCCUUGAGCUUCCCCAUUCCCCCUCCUCCCUCCUCCAUUCCCCCCUGCAGGUGCUGCUGCAGCAGGGGCAGGAGAUGCUGCGGCUGUUUAAGCGCUACUCGUUCCCUGUGCCAUACGCUACCCAAUUCCCUACUCGAUUCCCCCUCGCCCGCUGCUCCUUCAAAAACCGUUCUUCUAUGUUGCAGGUGCCGCUGCAGCAGGGGCAGGAGAUGCUGCGGCUGUUCAAGGGCUACUCGUCGCGCACGUCCAUUCUGGAUGACUUCAAUUUCUACGACUCACGCCAGCGCGCCAUGCAGGAGAGGAAGACCCGCCACCCUUCCCACCCCUUCCCACACCAGCAGCACUCGCAGCACCUGCAACACCAGCAGCAGCAGCAUCAGCAGCAACAGCAGCAGCAUCAGCAGCAGCAGAUGCAGCACCAGCAUCCCAAUCAGCAGCAGCAGAUGCAACACCAGCAUAUGCAGCAGCAGCAGCAGCAGCAUCAGCAGCACCAGCAGCAGCUGCAGCAGCAGAGGCGGAUUGUAGUGGGGCGGAACGCAGGACCAGUUCUGCUUCCCCAGCCUCGGCUUGACGCUCGCCCGCUGGAGUACCCCUUCCCGCCUCUCAUGCCUCUCGGCCCCAUCAACCCUGCCUUCGGCCCUGCCGGCCUGCCUCUUCCCGCCAACGCUGCUCCCGGCGCUGCUGUUGGUGCUGCUGGGGCUGCUGCUGCUGGUGGUGGCUUUGGGGGACACGGAAGGAUGAUGUAUUCUCACACCGGCCCUGUGGGUGACGGGGAGAAAGUGGGAGCUGCCGCUUCUGGUGCUGCUACUGCUGGUGCUGGUGCUGGUGGUGCUGCUGGCGCUGGUGCUGGUACUGAGAGUGGUGGGGCAGCAGGAGGGGGGAAACAGGGAGGUGAAGGGGAGAAAGCAGGAGGCAAGGGAGGCGAGACGGCAGCAGCGAUUGCGGAGGGUGUGGCUGUGCUGUCUCUUGGGAAGGGGGAGGGGAUAGGAAGGAAGGUGUGA